AAUCAUCAGUCUUGGAAUACAGAAGAGGAGGCAGAAAUACACUUAUUUUGUUUCACGAUGAGAACACUCAAUUUUGAGGCACUCCCACGCCCAAAUACACAGCCAUGUGGCCAUCACAGCUACUCCUCUUCAUGAUGCUCAUAGCACCAAUCAUUCAAGGUGGCAAGCACAGUGAGCGACAUCCAGCCCUCGCUGCCCCACUGCGACAUGCCGAGCGCAGCCCAGGAGGCGCGCUGCCGCCCAGACAUCUCCUUCAGCAGCCAGCGGCGGAGCGUGCCACUCCUCAUCGUGGACAAGGGCCCCGUGGAGCUGCCCGAGGAGUUCGCGGUCCAGGUGCCCAAGGAGCCCAGAGUGCAGCCCAAGCGUUCAGCCGUGCCCCAAUUCCGAUGGCUGUGGUCCGCAGAGAGCUCUCCUGUGAGAGCUACCCCAUUGAGCUCCGCUGUCCAGGAACAGAUGUUAUCAUGAUAGAAAGUGCCAACUAUGGGAGGACUGAUGACAAAAUUUGUGACUCUGACCCUGCUCAGAUGGAGAAUAUACGAUGCUAUCUGCCAGAUGCCUAUAAGAUUAUGUCUCAAAGGUGCAAUAACAGAACACAGUGUGCAGUGGUGGCAGGUCCUGACGUUUUUCCAGACCCAUGUCCAGGCACCUAUAAAUACCUUGAAGUGCAGUAUGAAUGUGUCCCUUACAAAGUGGAACAAAAAGUUUUUCUUUGUCCUGGACUACUAAAAGGAGUAUACCAGAGUGAACAUUUGUUUGAAUCUGACCACCAAUCUGGGGCAUGGUGCAAAGACCCUCUACAGGCUUCUGACAAGAUUUAUUAUAUGCCCUGGACUCCCUACAGAACUGAUACCCUGACUGAGUACUCAUCCAAGGAUGACUUCAUUGCUGGAAGGCCAACUACAACCUACAAGCUCCCUCACAGGGUGGAUGGCACAGGAUUUGUAGUGUAUGACGGAGCUUUGUUUUUCAACAAAGAACGCACCAGGAACAUAGUAAAGUUUGAUUUGCGGACUAGGAUAAAGAGUGGAGAGGCUAUCAUAGCAAAUGCCAACUACCAUGAUACCUCCCCUUACCGAUGGGGUGGCAAAUCUGACAUAGACCUGGCAGUGGAUGAAAAUGGGCUCUGGGUAAUCUAUGCAACAGAACAAAACAAUGGUAAAAUUGUCAUUAGCCAAUUGAACCCUUAUACUCUACGGAUUGAAGGGACAUGGGAUACUGCAUAUGAUAAAAGAUCAGCUUCCAAUGCAUUUAUGAUUUGCGGGAUUCUGUAUGUGGUCAAAUCUGUAUACGAGGAUGAUGACAAUGAGGCCACAGGGAAUAAGAUUGACUACAUUUACAACACUGACCAAAGUAAGGAUAGUUUGGUGGAUGUACCCUUUCCCAAUUCGUACCAGUACAUAGCAGCUGUGGAUUACAACCCCAGAGACAACCUUCUUUAUGUGUGGAAUAACUAUCACGUCGUGAAAUACUCUUUGGAUUUUGGACCUCUGGAUAGUAGAUCAGGGCAGGCACAUCAUGGACAGGUAUCAUACAUCUCUCCACCAAUUCACCUUGACUCUGAGCUAGAAAGACCCCCUGUUAGAGAAAUCUCUACCACAGGACCUCUGGGCAUGGGAAGUACCACCACCAGUACCACCCUGCGGACCACAACUUGGAGCCCAGGCAGGAGUACCACGCCAUCAGUGUCGGGAAGAAGAAACCGGAGUACCAGCACCCCAUCUCCAGCUGUGGAGGUGCUUGACGACAUUACCACACAUCUGCCAUCAGCAGCAUCCCAAAUCCCAGCCCUGGAAGAGAGCUGUGAAGCCGUGGAAGCCCGAGAAAUCAUGUGGUUUAAGACCCGUCAAGGACAGAUGGCAAAGCAGCCGUGCCCUGCAGGAACUAUAGGAGUGUCAACAUAUCUAUGUCUGGCUCCUGAUGGAAUCUGGGAUCCCCAAGGACCGGAUCUUAGCAACUGUUCUUCUCCUUGGGUCAACCAUAUAACACAGAAGUUGAAAUCUGGAGAGACAGCUGCCAACAUUGCUAGAGAGCUGGCUGAACAAACAAGAAAUCAUUUGAAUGCUGGAGACAUCACCUACUCAGUCCGUGCUAUGGACCAGCUGGUAGGACUCCUAGAUGUACAACUCCGGAACUUGACCCCAGGUGGAAAAGAUAGUGCUGCGCGGAGUUUGAACAAGCUUCAGAAAAGAGAGCGCUCUUGCAGAGCCUAUGUCCAGGCAAUGGUCGAGACAGUUAACAACCUCCUCCAGCCACAAGCCUCAAAUGCAUGGAGAGACCUGACUACAAGUGAUCAACUACGUGCAGCCACCAUGUUGCUGGACACUGUGGAGGAAAGCGCUUUUGUGCUGGCUGAUAACCUUUUGAAGACUGACAUUGUCAGGGAGAACACAGACAAUAUUCAAUUGGAAGUUGCAAGGCUGAGCACAGAAGGAAACUUAGAAGACCUAAAAUUUCCAGAAAACAUGGGUCAUGGAAGCACUAUCCAACUUUCUGCAAAUACUUUAAAACAAAAUGGUCGAAACGGAGAAAUCAGAGUGGCCUUUGUCCUGUAUAACAACUUGGGUCCUUAUUUGUCGACAGAAAAUGCCAGCAUGAAGUUGGGAACAGAGGCUAUGUCUACCAAUCAUUCUGUUAUUGUCAAUUCCCCCGUUAUUACAGCAGCAAUAAACAAAGAGUUCAGCAAUAAAGUUUAUUUAGCUGAUCCUGUGGUGUUCACUGUUAAACAUAUUAAGCAGUCCGAGGAGAAUUUCAACCCUAACUGUUCAUUUUGGAGCUACUCCAAGCGCACAAUGACAGGUUACUGGUCAACACAAGGCUGUCGGCUCCUAACAACAAAUAAGACACAUACUACAUGCUCUUGUAACCACUUAACCAAUUUUGCAGUACUGAUGGCACAUGUGGAAGUUAAGCACAGUGAUGCGGUCCAUGACCUUCUUCUGGAUGUGAUCACAUGGGUUGGAAUUUUGCUGUCCCUUGUUUGUCUCCUGAUUUGCAUCUUCACAUUUUGCUUUUUCCGUGGGCUCCAGAGUGACCGUAACACCAUCCACAAGAACCUCUGCAUUAGUCUUUUUGUAGCUGAACUUCUCUUCCUGAUUGGGAUCAACCGAACGGACCAACCAAUUGCCUGUGCAGUUUUUGCUGCCCUACUACAUUUCUUCUUCUUGGCGGCCUUCACCUGGAUGUUCCUGGAGGGGGUGCAGCUCUACAUUAUGCUGGUGGAGGUUUUUGAGAGUGAGCAUUCACGCAGGAAAUACUUUUACCUGGUUGGCUAUGGGAUGCCUGCGCUCAUAGUAGCUGUGUCCGCAGCAGUAGACUAUAGGAGUUAUGGAACAGAUAAAGUAUGUUGGCUCCGACUUGACACCUACUUCAUUUGGAGCUUUAUAGGACCAGCGACCUUGAUAAUUAUGCUUAAUGUAAUCUUCCUUGGGAUUGCUUUAUAUAAAAUGUUUCAUCAUACUGCCAUCCUGAAACCUGAAUCGGGCUGCCUUGAUAAUAUCAACUAUGAGGAUAACAGACCCUUCAUCAAGUCAUGGGUUAUAGGUGCAAUAGCUCUUCUCUGCCUGUUAGGAUUGACCUGGGCCUUCGGACUCAUGUAUAUUAAUGAAAGCACAGUCAUCAUGGCGUAUCUCUUCACCAUUUUCAAUUCUCUACAGGGAAUGUUUAUAUUCAUUUUCCAUUGUGUCCUACAAAAGAAGGUCCGAAAAGAGUAUGGGAAAUGCCUGCGGACACAUUGUUGUAGUGGCAAAAGUACAGAGAGUUCAAUUGGCUCAGGGAAAACAUCUGGUUCUCGAACUCCUGGACGCUACUCCACAGGCUCACAGAGCCGAAUUCGUAGAAUGUGGAAUGAUACAGUCCGAAAGCAGUCAGAGUCUUCCUUCAUUACUGGAGAUAUAAACAGUUCAGCGUCACUCAACAGAGAGGGGCUUCUGAACAAUGCCAGGGAUACAAGUGUCAUGGAUACUCUACCACUGAAUGGUAACCAUGGCAAUAGUUACAGCAUUGCCAGUGGCGAAUACCUGAGCAACUGUGUGCAAAUCAUAGACCGUGGCUAUAACCACAACGAGACCGCCCUAGAGAAAAAGAUUCUGAAGGAACUCACUUCCAACUACAUCCCGUCUUACCUGAACAACCACGAGCGCUCCAGUGAACAGAACAGGAAUCUGAUGAACAAGCUGGUGAAUAACCUUGGCAGUGGGAGUGAAGAUGAUGCCAUUGUCCUGGAUGACGCCACCUCCUUUAACCAUGAGGAGAGUUUGGGCCUGGAACUCAUUCAUGAAGAAUCUGAUGCUCCUUUGCUUCCCCCAAGAGUCUACUCCACAGAGAACCACCAGCCACACCAUUACACCAGAAGGCGGCUCCCCCAAGACCACAGUGAGAGUUUUUUCCCUUUGCUAACCAACGAGCACACAGAAGAUCUCCAGUCACCCCAUAGGGACUCUCUGUACACCAGCAUGCCGGCACUGGCUGGUGUGCCUGCCACAGAGAGCGUUACCACCAGCACCCAGACCGAACCCCCACCGGCCAAAUGUGGUGAUGCCGAAGAUGUUUACUACAAAAGCAUGCCAAACCUAGGCUCCAGAAAUCACGUCCAUCAGCUGCACACCUACUAUCAGCUAGGUCGCGGUAGCAGUGAUGGAUUUAUAGUUCCUCCAAACAAAGAUGGGACCCCUCCAGAGGGAAGUUCAAAAGGACCAGCUCAUUUGGUCACUAGUCUAUAGAAGGUGACAGAAAUUUAAACCAACAAAACUGCUAACACCUGGUUGACUGUUCUGAGUUGAUAUAAGCAGUGGUAAUAAUGUGUGUACUCCUGAAUCUUUAUGCUGUUCUUGAAAGACAAACACAAACUUUCAGACAUUUUUUUUUUAAACUGGGAUUUUUAGGUCAGCCCAGGGGAGAAAGAUAACUGCUGAAAUUCCCCUGUGCCCUCUCCUUUCCUCUCUUUCCCCCCUCAGAUGGAGACUUCAUUAUGUUAAUGAACGAGAUAUGAAGAAAAUGGCGCUCAUUGUGGCCUUGUUGAAUUAUGUUGCGUUUGUUCUAACAUCUCUGAUGCUCAGUUACUAUAAUUACAAGGACCUGAUUUUUAAAAGGCCAGAACGGUUGUUUGAAAUUAGUAACAAUGCUGCAUCUAGAUUGGAGUGCUGCACAAACAAGCAUAAAAACAAAGCAAAACUGUAUCACAUAGUUGGUUUUAGUCACUCACAACCUGAAUUUGCCACAGCGGGAAUAGCUGUGGAAUACAAAAUAAAACAACAAAUUAAUAAUGAAAUGGAGGGGAAUUCUAGAAUUAUAUGCUAAACGCAUAUUUUAUGAUUUGCUGUAUUAACUGAUGAUAAAACUAAUGGCAGAAAAAAAUUGAACAAUUUCUAUGUAAUGUACAGAUACUAGCAUUGCACAUAUAGUCAGCUUUCUGUUCCUCCAGAAUUUGAGUCCUGUUAAUGUAGUGGAAAAAAAGAGAUAUUUUUUCUUUUUCUUUCGUGCUGGUUUUGCAAGUUUGUCUACCAGUAAGAGAGCAAAGUUUCCUUCCUUUCUUCUUUCUUUUCUUUUUUCCUUCAUUUUUCUUUGCUUUUUCCUCCUUUUUU